UCUCCAUCUGAGUAAGUUUCCUUGAGUAAAUGCCACGUAUUAUUCACAGCUACGCAUAGCAUCAGCGGAGUUUGGGCAGACUUUAUCACUUUAGUCGACAUAUCUCAGGCCGGACAGUCAGAUUAACCUGCGGCCCCACAGAUAACGACACCCGCCACACUCCGGGGAUACUAUGGGCUGUGUACGUCUGCUGGUACUGACACUGGCCACAUCUGCAGUACUGCUGUUCGCCUCACAUUCAACCUUCGCUCACAGCCAUUCCCAUGAUCACCACGGCCACGAUCACCACAGUCACGAUCACCACGGAGAGCAUGAUCACCACGAACAUUCACAUGGCCAUCAGGUGAAGAUGUUCCAUGGAGCGAGCAAGUGGAGUGCCGAGGCCAACAUCCAUGCACAUGAAGAGGAGCACCAUGACCACGGACACGGCCACGACCAUGACCACGGCCAUGACCACGGCCACGGACACGGCCAUGACCACGGCCACGGACACGGCCAUGACCACGGCCACGGACACGGCCAUGACCACGGCCACGGCCAUGACCAUGGACAUGACCAUGGACACGCUCAUGUACACAAGGAGGAGCGUGUGCACUCGCAUGGAGAGGAGAGCGUGAAGAGAGAGAAGAGGGACAUGGUGGAGCUCUGGACACAGGCUAUCGGAGCAACUCUGCUGAUCAGCGCGGCUCCUUUCCUCAUCCUCUUUCUGAUCCCAGUCCAGUCCAACAGUGACCAGCACCAGAACCUGCUCAAGGUGCUGCUCAGCUUUGCCUCUGGUGGACUGUUGGGUGAUGCCUUCCUCCAUCUCAUUCCUCACGCUCUGGAGCCUCACUCUCAUCAUGGAGAAGAUGAUCACGGACACUCGCAUGUAGUUGAAGAGUCACAUGACCAUGGCCACUCCCACGGAGCUGCCCACGGUCACAUGAUGUCAGUGGGUUUGUGGGUUCUCGGUGGAAUCAUCGCGUUCCUUGUCGUAGAGAAAUUUGUGCGUCUGCUGAAGGGAGGACAUUCUCACAGUCACUCACAUGCUGCUCCCAAAGAGAAGGACAGUGAUGGAGAAGAAGAGAAGAAGAAGAAGAAAGAGGAGAAAGGAGGCAAAGACAAGAAAGUCCCAAAGAAAGAGGAGAUAAAGAGCACAGACAUUAAGGUGUCGGGUUAUUUGAACCUGGCCGCGGACUUCACACACAAUUUUACCGACGGCCUGGCGAUCGGAGCCUCGUUCCUGGUCGGCCCUGCAGUGGGCGCCAUCACCACUCUCACCAUCCUACUGCACGAGGUCCCGCACGAGAUCGGAGACUUUGCCAUCCUGGUCCAGUCGGGCUGCACCAAACGACGGGCCAUGUGUCUUCAGCUGCUGACCGCUCUGGGAGCUCUAGCCGGCACAGCUUGCUCCCUGUUGGCUGAAGGCGUGGGAGCCGCGGCAACCGCCUGGAUCCUGCCGUUCACCGCCGGCGGCUUUGUGUACAUCGCCACAGUGAGCGUACUCCCGGAGCUGCUGGCUGGCCGCUCCAGUUUCGGCCAGUCCCUGUUAGAGAUUCUGGCCCUGCUGUUUGGAGUCGGCAUGAUGGUGCUGAUUGCAGAGUACGAGUGAGACGCAGCAGAGACGGCGGAAAACUACGCACACAGCGAGACAGGAAGCGAUGGCGCAGAGGGACAGAGAGGGAGAAGGUCAAAAAUGUUUCAGGAGGUGGUUUUAUGUAAAAUUCAAGUGGAUUAAUUUUGUCAGGGGAGUGGUUUUUUUUUUAUUUUCUUUGCAUUGUAUUUUGGGAAUGAACAUCACCCAUUGAAGGCCAUUGGAUGGUUUUUGUUGUCUUGUGUUUUUUUUUUUAGCAGUUCACAGUCACAUCCCUGAUGAGGAAAAGAGCCUGAGAGCUGGAAAGAAAACAAAGGAGGAAAGACGGGUUUUUUUCAGGUACUGUUAGUGAUGUGAUGUCUGAGUGACAGAAGCUGAAGUUUCUGUCCAACAGCCCCGAAAUUCACUCGCCACUUUGACUUUGUCACCACAUAAAUGAGCUGCACCUUGAUUGUAGUUUUAACUGACACUUAUUUCCCUCCAAUAAACGCAAGAUAAAUAUUCUGCUCUUUAACGUGAUGUCUCUUAACAGUGGCUCAGUGGAUAAAAUUUGGUUUGCUUUGUGAACCACUUGCUCCCCUGCAUCAGAUGCUAUUGACAAAAACAACGAUUUUAGCUCACUGCCUCCGUCACUAAGUUAAGUUUAGUCAUUUUGUAAUGUUGAGUGUUUGAAAUCCUUUGUUUUGGUUUACUUUAAUAAAAUAAACUGAUGAGGCAGCAGUUGAUGAACAAACUCCUGUGACCUCUGAACUACAAUCAGAAGUUUUUGUCAAUGAAGUCUGUGUGGGUGGAGUGACUGGUUAAAGUGACACGAAAUUCAGUUCCCUGUUGGAAAAGGCUGAUAAACAGUGCGCCACAUCGCUAAGCUCAUCGUUGAGAGAUAUUUGAUUUGCUGAUUGUUGUAUUAAACUGGGUUUCGCUGGUUGCAGACUAUCCCUUUAAGUCCAACAUUUCAGAGUUGUUCUGGCGAAACAGCUGUUACUGUUUCACAGCGUCCUGCUCACUGCUGUUAAUGUUUAAUGUCUGUCGAUAUUUCUACACCCCACCCAAAAAAAAAAAGAAUAAAAGUGAAUGUGUUCACACUCGAAAUCAAAUUCUCAAAAUUCGAUUCUUGUUUGAAAGAAAAACACAUGUCGAACUUUGCAACAUUCCUAAACAACAUUCAGCAUUUUUCUUCAGAUUGGUCAUUAAUCUAUAUAUGCUGAAUUUGAUUGUAGUGGGAUUUUGAAAAUGACUUUCCAAUGAACAUGACUAACUGUUUUGUUAUUUACUAACAUACCUGCCCUCAAUACUGAACAAUAGGUGACUUACACAGCUCCUGUGAAAUAUGCAAAUAUUAGAGCCGCGUAUCACACCCAUGUGUUGACACAACACGAUAUGAACAAACAUGUGGUUUCAUCUGCAGUCUGCGUUAAAAAGUGCCAAGAUUUUUUUUAGAGCGUGCAUGUUAGACUUUUUAACAGGAUACAAUUAGAUCUUAAAGCACACUUUUAAAUUCUCUUUUUUUAAUCAUCACACUUUAGAGGCCUGAUUAUCCAAUAUAAAAUCACUACAUUAAUGAAAAAGAAAAACAAAACAAAACUGAAGUCUACGUUUGUUAAGUUGAUUUUUUCAGAGAGAGAAAAAACAUUAGUGGCUGCUUUACUGAGGACUAAAGUGAAGACAGAAAGACUGGCGAACAUGCAGCAACUGAAGGCUAAAGGCAGGUUGUUAAAUUAAUUGUGGUGGUUUCAAAAAGACAAAGUAAGGUGUAUAUAUAAAUUCCUAAUUGUCUCAUGUGAGGUUCACUCUUUACUCUUUUAUUCCUCUAUUCUCAUCUUCCUUUUUUAAAGACAACGGCAACACGUUAGUUAGUGAUACAUAAACCACUGUAACCACUGAGAAAUGUUCGGGUGUGAAUGAAGAUUAAAGUUGGUGUCUCGGUGGGAUUAAAACCAUUGACGUCACGAGUUAUGACUGACUUUAAAUGAACCUUUGAAUGUUUAUGUUCCUAUCAGUGAAAGCAGAGGGGGAAAUGGAUCAUUAAGUUUAAACUAUAAUCUGUAAAAGUAAAGUGCUAUAUGUUCUUUCUUCUUCUGAAUGUUGACACAGAACAGUGUGUGCUGUUACAGAUCAAGACAAAAGAAAAGCUGAAGGAAUUCAUGAAGUCACAGCUGUGAAGAGCAGGUGUGUCACGGAAAAAAAAAACAUCCGUCCUCCUCCCUUACCUGGAAUUAUAUUAAUCCAAUGGUUUGGAAACACAUCUAAUAAAAGAAAAAGAAACAAA